UGAGUAAGUGAUAGAUAAGAUACGCGACGACACGAAAGUGAAUUUAUAACCCAAAAACCGCAAACAGAAUCUUCUCCUUCUUAAUUUCCAUUCACAUUUUCUCACCCAAAGAAACCCAAAUUUAUUUUCUCUCUCCCCAAACAACAAACACAUCUCUUCCACACCUCAUAUACAUAAUAUUAUUUAUAAAUUAAGAAAUCGCUCACUUUACCCUCUCUCUCUAUAUGAUAUAUUAAUUCAUAGAUCUUACCACUUUCGUUCUCAUUUCGCCUCCUUUCCCCUCUGCUUCAACAGAUAACCAAAGGGCACGAAAAGAAAAGAAACCAUAGGAAGGAAAGACAACAAAUUUUGAGAGGAAACAACCAAGAAUCGAAAAUGGGUUCGGUUCCACCAGAACUGAGCUGGAAUUUUAGACCCACUUUUGUACCCAAAACGAUCAGUAGUUUCCUCAACGAGCUUUCACUAAUCGGAAACGUUUCUGACAAGGUUUCAAAACUCGUCGCUUUUGUUAAACGGUUGGAAGAAGAAAUGAAAAAGAUCGAUGCUUUUAAACGUGAACUUCCUCUCUGCAUGCUCCUUCUCCGCGAUGCCAUUGUAGCUUUGAAGGAGGAGUUAGUGCAAUACAUGCCUAGAACCGUUGAGCCAGUUUUAGAAGAAUUUAUUCCUUUGAAGAACAAGAAGGAAAAUAAUCAAACUGAAGAAGAUGGUGCCUUAAUCACCGAAAAAAAGGAAAAAGAUUCUAACAAUAACGACAACUGCUAUAAUAAUAAGGACAAGAAAAAUUGGAUGAGUUCUGUUCAGCUUUGGAAUACUGAUGAAGAUGAUUUUUGUUCCAUCGAUAGAAAACUAGAUUCUAAGAAGAGAAACGUUGGAGAUUCAUCUCAAGGAUGUAAAAACAAGGGAGGAGCGACAGUGUUUAUGCCAUUCAAGGUGGAUUUGGGUUUUGCAGUGAGGAAGGAAGAGAAAGAGGAGAUACCGCUAACGUUUUUGACCCCUGGAAUCAAGAAUGUGAGAGAUGAAUCAUGUUCAACGCGGUCAAGGACAAGUUGUAGCGGGGCAGUUUCUUCUUCUGCCCCCAAUGCUCAGUUAAAUUUUCGGUCCUUACCACAGCCGUUGUCUCAACGCCAGCAGCAACAACAGCAGACUGCUAGGAAGCAAAGGAGAUGCUGGUCACCUGAGUUGCAUCGCCAGUUCAUCAAUGCCUUGCAGCAAUUAGGAGGCUCUCAAGUGGCCACUCCUAAGCAGAUUAGGGAACUUAUGCAAGUAAAUGGCUUGACCAAUGAUGAAGUUAAGAGUCAUUUGCAGAAAUACCGACUUCACACAAGAAGACUUCCGCUAUCCACUACCAGCCCUGCAAAUCAAUCAGUCGUUUUGGGGAGUGGUCUGUGGAUGUCCGAAUAUAAGUACGGAGAGUCCUCGAAGGGAAGCAGUUCCCUGUUCGGUUCUCCUCAAGGACCUCUUCAGCUAGACAUAAACACCACAGGGAACUCCACUCCAGGAGGUGACAGCAUGGAAGAUGAUGAAGAUGCAAAAUCAGAAAGUUAUAGCUCGAAAGGCAAUAUUCACAAACCCGGUAAAGAUGAUGUAGAGAGAGUUAUUCCACCAUGAAUUCCGCCAUCAUAAAAAUUACA